GGAAGGGGGAUCCUGAGGGAGAGAAGGGACGUUAGAAAAGAGGAGGUGCCACCCUAGAUCAGCGUAUAAAAGGAAAAGUCGUUAACCCCUCCUGCCUUGUCAUCUGCCGCCUCCAGUACGUUCAUUCCAAGCAGGAUCAUCCUACCUUUGGGCAGUCAACUCCCUGAUCACUUGUCUCCUUGCCUCCCCCAUUGCUCUGCCUCUUUUACUCUUCCCAGUUGCUCAGUUCUAUCCUGAGCCAUGUCAAGUUACCUCCUUUCUUUGUUCUUCCCUCUUGAUGUCUCCUUACCUGUUCCCUACCCUCUUUUCUCAGGCAGUUCACUCAGUCCCCGCAGCCCUGGAAACCAGCCACUAGGGCCAAAGGGCAGCAUGAGGGAGCCUUGAGAAAAGAGAGGCCAUGCUAGGUUAGACUAUAAGAGCAGAAAUUCUCCCAGGACCGUGAUCCUAUCUGUGCAUGCUGGCCAGGCCCUUUCCCUCACUCUCUGCGUCUCCUGGGGCUCUGUCCCACCAAAAAGGGAAAGAGACAGCUGAGGGCUGAUUGUGGAGUUUGGGAAAAGGCUAUGUCAUCAGCUGGCCCAGUGCCUAUUAUCCAUUCGACUGCUAGAGAUUCCCCUCCCCUGGGCAAGUCCCAUUUUUUUGGGAAGCGAUGAUACACCCAUCUGAGUCCCACCGACAGAGCUCAGCUGAGUGGCUUAGAGAUCAGCCAAUCAAUCGCAGAGGCUCACCAUGCUUAAAAGAGCUGGCGCGGAGAGAGGCUGGGGAGAACCCACAGGGAGACCCACAGACACAUAGGCACGAGAGAGACAGAGGAGGAAAGAGAGACAAAGGCACAGCGGAAGAAGGCAGAGACAGGGCAGGCACAGAGCGGCCCAGACAGAGUCCUCCUACAGAGGGAGAGGCCAGAGAAGCUGCAGAAGACACAGGCAGGGAAAGACAAAGAUUCAGGAAAGGAGGGCUCAGGAGGAGAGUUUGGAGAAGCCAGACCCCUGGGCGCCUCUCCCAAGCCCAAGGACUAAGUUUUCUCCAUUUCCUUUAAAGGUCCCCAGCCCUUCUGAAAACUGCCUCUGACCUUGGCAGGAGUCCAAGCCCCCAGGCUAACAGAGAGGAGCUUUCCAAAGCUAGGGUGUGGAGGACUUGGUGCCCCAGACGGCCUCAGUCCUUCCCAGCUCCAGUACCAGUGCCAUGUCCCAGACAGGCGCGCAUCCCGGGAGGGGCUUGGCGGGGCGCUGGCUGUGGGGAGCCCAACCCUGCCUCCUGCUCCCCAUUGUGCCGCUCUCCUGGCUGGUGUGGCUGCUUCUGCUACUGCUGGCCUCUCUCCUGCCCUCGGCCUGGCUGGCCAGCCCCCUCCCCCGGGAGGAGGAGAUCGUGUUUCCAGAGAAGCUCAACGGCAGCGUCCUGCCUGGCUCCGGCGCCCCUGCCAGGCUGUUGUGCCGCUUGCAGGCCUUUGGGGAGACGCUGCUACUAGAGCUGGAGCAGGACUCCGGCGUGCAGGUCGAGGGGCUGACAGUGCAGUACCUGGGCCAGGCGCCUGAGCUGCUGGGUGGAGCAGAGCCUGGCACCUACCUGACUGGCACCAUCAAUGGAGAUCCGGAGUCGGUGGCAUCUCUGCACUGGGAUGGGGGAGCCCUGUUAGGGGUGUUACAGUAUCGGGGGGCUGAACUCCACCUCCAGCCCCUGGAGGGAGGCACCCCUAACUCCGCUGGGGGACCUGGGGCUCACAUCCUACGCCGGAAGAGUCCUGCCAGCGGCCAAGGUCCCAUGUGCAACGUCAAGGCUCCUCCUGGAAGCCCCAGCCCCAGACCCCGAAGAGCCAAGCGCUUUGCUUCACUGAGUAGAUUCGUGGAGACGCUGGUGGUAGCAGAUGACAAGAUGGCCGCAUUCCACGGUGCGGGGCUAAAGCGCUACCUGCUAACAGUGAUGGCAGCAGCGGCCAAGGCCUUCAAGCACCCAAGCAUCCGCAAUCCUGUCAGCUUGGUGGUGACUCGGCUAGUGAUCCUGGGGUCAGGCGAGGAGGGGCCCCAAGUGGGGCCCAGUGCUGCCCAGACCCUGCGCAGCUUCUGUGCCUGGCAGCGGGGCCUCAACACCCCUGAGGACUCGGACCCUGACCACUUUGACACAGCCAUUCUGUUUACCCGUCAGGACCUGUGUGGAGUCUCCACUUGCGACACACUGGGUAUGGCUGAUGUGGGCACCGUGUGUGACCCGGCUCGGAGCUGUGCUAUCGUGGAGGAUGAUGGGCUCCAGUCGGCCUUCACUGCAGCUCAUGAACUGGGUCAUGUCUUCAACAUGCUCCAUGACAAUUCCAAGCCAUGCAUCAGUUUGAAUGGGCCUUUGAGCACCUCUCGCCAUGUCAUGGCCCCUGUGAUGGCUCAUGUGGAUCCUGAGGAGCCCUGGUCCCCCUGCAGUGCCCGCUUCAUCACUGACUUCCUGGACAAUGGCUAUGGGCACUGUCUCUUAGAUAAACCAGAGGCUCCAUUGCAUCUGCCCGUGACUUUCCCUGGCAAGGACUAUGAUGCUGACCGCCAGUGCCAGCUGACCUUCGGGCCCGACUCACGCCAUUGUCCACAGCUGCCACCGCCCUGUGCUGCCCUCUGGUGCUCUGGCCACCUCAAUGGCCAUGCCAUGUGCCAGACCAAACACUCGCCCUGGGCCGAUGGCACACCCUGCGGGCCCGCACAAGCCUGCAUGGGUGGUCGCUGCCUCCACAUGGACCAGCUCCAGGACUUCAAUACUCCACAGGCUGGUGGCUGGGGUCCCUGGGGACCAUGGGGUGACUGCUCUCGGACCUGUGGGGGUGGUGUCCAGUUCUCCUCCCGAGACUGCACUAGGCCUGUCCCCCGGAAUGGUGGCAAGUACUGUGAGGGCCGCCGCACCCGCUUCCGCUCCUGCAACACUGAGGACUGCCCAACUGGCUCAGCCCUGACCUUCCGCGAAGAACAGUGUGCUGCCUACAACCACCGCACCGACCUCUUCAAGAGCUUCCCAGGGCCCAUGGACUGGGUUCCUCGCUACACAGGCGUGGCCCCCCAAGACCAGUGCAAACUCACCUGCCAGGCCCGGGCACUGGGCUACUACUACGUGCUGGAGCCACGGGUGGUAGAUGGGACCCCCUGUUCCCCGGACAGCUCCUCGGUCUGUGUCCAGGGCCGCUGCAUCCAUGCUGGCUGUGACCGCAUCAUUGGCUCCAAGAAGAAGUUUGACAAGUGCAUGGUGUGCGGAGGGGACGGUUCUGGCUGCAGCAAGCAGUCAGGCUCUUUCAAAAAAUUCAGGUACGGAUACAACAGUGUGGUCACUAUCCCCGCAGGGGCCACCCACAUUCUUGUCCGGCAGCAGGGAAACCCUGGCCACCGGAGCAUCUACUUGGCCCUGAAGCUGCCAGAUGGCUCCUAUGCCCUCAAUGGUGAAUACACACUGAUGCCCUCCCCCACAGAUGUGGUACUACCUGGGGCAGUCAGCUUGCGCUACAGCGGAGCCACUGCAGCCUCAGAGACACUGUCAGGCCAUGGGCCACUGGCCCAGCCUUUGACACUGCAAGUCCUAGUGGCUGGCAACCCCCAGGAUGCACGCCUCCGAUACAGCUUCUUUGUGCCACGGCCAACCCCUUCAACACCACGCCCCACUCCCCAGGACUGGCUGCACCGAAGAGCACAGAUUCUGGAGAUCCUUCGGCGGCGCCCCUGGGCGGGCAGGAAAUAACCUCACUAUCCCGGCUGCCCUUUCUGGGCACCGGGGCCUCGGACUUAGCUGGGAGAAAGAGAGAGCUUCUGUUGCUGCCUCAUGCUAAGACUCAGUGGGGAGGGGCUGCGGGCGUGAGACCUGCCCCUCCUCUCACCCUAAUGUGCAGGCUGGCCCUGCCCUGGUUUCCUGCCCUGGGAGGCAGUGACGGGUUAGUGGAUGGAAGGGGCUGACAGACAGCCCUCCAUCUAAACUGCCCCCCCUGCCCUGCGGGUCACAGGAGGGAGGGGGAAGGCAGGGUGGGCCUGGGCCCCAGUUGUAUUUAUUUAGUAUUUAUUCACUUUUAUUUAGCACCAGGGAAGGGAACAAGGACUAGGGUCCAGGGGAACCUGACCCCUGACCCCUCAUAGCCCUCACCCUGGGGCUAGGAAAUCCAGGGUGGUGAUGAUAGGUAUAAGUGGCGCGCGCGCGUGUGUGUGUGUGUGUGUGAAAAUGUGUGUGUGCUUAUGUAUGAGGUACAACCUGUUCUGCUUUCCUCUUCCUGAAUUUUAUUUUUUGGGAAAAGAAAAGGGUAGUAGGGUGGGCCUUCAGGGAGUGAGGGAUUAUCUUUUUUUUUUCUUUCUUUCUUUUUUUUUUUUUUGAGACAGAAUCUCCCUCUGUCGCCCAGGCUGGAGUGCAAUGGCACAGUCUCAGCUCACUGCAUCCUCCGCCUCCCAGGUUCAAGUGAUUCUCAUGCCUCAGCCUCCUGAGUAGCUGGGAUUACAGGCUUCCGCCACUACGCCCUGGCUACUUUUUUUUUUUUUUAAGACAGAGUCUCGCUGUUGUCACCAGGGCUGGAGUGCAAUGGCGUGAUUUCAGCCCACUGCAACCUCCGCCACCCAGGUUCCAGCAAUUCUCCUGCCUCAGCCUCCCAAGUAGCUGAGAUUACAGUCACCCACCACCAUGCUCGGCUAAUUUUUGUAUUUUUAGUAGAGACGGGGUUUCACCAUGUUGGCCAGCCUGGUCUCGAACUCCUGACCUCAGUUGAUCCACCUGCCUUCGUCUCCCAAAGUGCUGGGAUUACAGGUGUGAGCCACUGCGCCCGGCCAUGCCCAGCUAAUUUUUGUAUUUUUAGUAGAGACAGGGUUUCGCCAUGUGGCCAGGCUGCUCUUGAACUCCUGACCUCAGCUAAUCCACCUGCCUCGGCCUCCCAAAGUGCUGGGAUUACAGGUGUGAGUCACCACGCCCGGUACAUAUUUUUAAAAUCUAAAUUGAAUUCUGCUAUUUAUAUGAUCCUUUUGGAGUCAGACAGAUGUGGUUGCAUCCUAACUCCAUGUCUCUGAGCAUUAGAUUUCUCAUUUGCCAAUAAUAAGACCUCCCUUAGAAGUUUGUUGUGAGGAUUAAAUAAUGUAAAUAAAGAACUAGCAUAAUGCUCAGCAUCUAGUAAGUGCUUAACAAA